AACAUUCCCAGUUGGAAAACAGUUUUGCUUUUCCCAUCGAUCGUACUUGUAUCAGCUGGAGAGAGAAAAUGUGCGACUCACCAGGAUCAGAACAACGAUCGAAGCGGCGACGUAUCGAUAAGAAUGGCCGUUUUGCUGCGCUCGAACGGCUGAAGAAGCAGAAGGAGGUCGGUACGAAAAAUAAGUACGAAGUUUCCGAGGUAGAGAAUGUGUACGACGAAGUGGACGAAAGGGAGUAUGCUAAGAUCGUCAACGAGCGAAUGCACAACGAUUGGGUUGAGGAUGACGACGGUUUUGGGUACGUCGAGAACGGGCGUGAAAUUUUCGACGAAGAUGAGCUCGAUCCUGCACCGACCGGUGGAAGCCGAUCGGCCAGCAAGGCUGCCAAAGGCGAUCGGAAAGGAAAGAAACGGGUCCGGGACGAUGCCAACGGAGAAGGCCCGGCGACUGGUAGGAAAUCGUUGAAAAAUUACUUCAACCGUGAACAGGCGUCCAAGGCGAAGAUAGACGAUGAUGACGCAUUGGCGGAUAUUUUGGGUGAGAUCAAGUCGGAAAACACUGGCGAUGGUGAGGCACCCGACGCGGGGGGAUCAAUAUCAACUGCGUCCGGAAACGCGCCAAAGGGUGGGAAAGAAAUACGCCCUUUGGUGAUGAAAACAGCAGCUCCGGCCAAACCGAAGGAACUGACGGCCGAAGAGGAAAUGAAACGGUAUAUGGCCAAUUUGAGCAAGAGUUUGAAAAAGUCGGAAUUGAAGGCAGUUAAAGCGCAGACGGAGGAAGAUAGCGAUGAAGAGAUGCUGAAGAAUGUACUGGCGGAAUCGGAAGCGAAACCCUUCGUUUCAAAACGCCCCGCGGCGACCCCGAAGCAGGCCACCAUCGUACCGAAUCCAGUUCCGGUGGAACCGGUUUCGAUCGCUCUAGAAGCUCCUAUCAAAGAAGAGCCUCAGGUCGACGAAAGUCACUUCCUCGACGACAUGGAUGAUGAUUUCGGCCCACUGCCGGAUGUCGAAAAGACCGAACCACCCGAAAGCAAGGUGGAGGCAAAGGUGGAGAAGGAACCCGACACGUCCCCGAAAAACCUGCUCAACGGUUGGGAUAACAUCUUCAACGACAUGGAAGACGGCGAUAUGUUGGAUGAAAUGACCGAAGCGGAUCUUGUAGAAGGAGGUGCCAACCAGAUGGAGUCUGGCUCGUCGGAGGUCAUGAAGUUUUGGUUCUGGGACGCCUGGAGCGAUCCGAACAAGUGCCAGGGGGAGCUGUACCUGUUCGGUAAGAUUGCGGCCGGAAAGCGGGACUUCAAGUCGAUUUGUGUACACGUACAGAACGUCGAUCGUUGCAUGUACCUGCUGGCCCGGGAGCACAACACGGAGACGGGCGAACCGGUCAGCAUGCUGGACGUGUACAACGAGUUUUGCAACGAUAUUAGUACCAAACUGAACAUCACCAAGUACCGCACGAAGGUGGUGACAAAGAAUUUCGCUUAUACCAGCGCUUCCAGCGGGUUGCAGGUCCCGGUCACAAGCGAGUACCUGGAGGUACGCUACAGUGCGAAACUUCCUCCACCAUCGCUCGAGAAGCGCUACCGCACUAUCGGCCACAUCUUUGGAUGCAACUCGAACGUGGUGGAACAGUUUCUGCUCGAACGCAAGGUCAAAGGUCCGUGCUGGAUGGAGCUACGCAAAACCACACCGAAGGAAACAAAAUCGAGCUGGUGCAAGCUGGAGGUGUCCGUGCCGGAUAUCGGUUGCGUAUCGCCGGUAACGGACGCUACGUCGGCUACACCACCACCGCUUGUCAUCUGCUCGAUAAACGUCCGCAGUACGCUGCGCAAUAGCACCAACGAAAUCGCAAUGAUUACGAUGCUCGUGAACGACGGGUUUUCGCUCAGCAAACCACCGACUAAUCCGCCCUUUAGCCGACAGUACUGCGGCGUAACGCGUCCCUCCAACACGAUCUGGCCGCUCAACUUUAACCCCGAGGAGUGUAAGGCGAAGGUGACCAAGUGCGAGAGCGAACGAACGCUGCUCAGCUGGUUCCUGUCGACCUUCCAGGUGAUCGAUCCCGAUCUGGUGGUCACGUUCGAUUCGUACGAUUUUCAGCUCGAUCUGAUCUGCCAGCGGCUGAUGACGACCAAAAUGGCGCACUGGAGUCGCAUUGGGCGGCUGAAGGUGCGCAGUCCGGCCAGUAAGCGGGUGGAUGAUUUCUUUGUUGGGCGCAUGAUCUGCGAUGUGAAGACGUCGGCUGAGGAGUUGAUCCGGUCGCGCAGCUACGACCUCAACACGCUCUGCACCGAGGUGCUGAAGAUUGGUGAGGGUGAGCGUAAGGAUGUGCUGCUGGACGAGAUUCCGGCGAUGUACGAACGGGCGGAAAGCCUCGUGCAGCUCGUCGGCCUAACAAUGCAGGAUAAUUUCUAUACGCUGCGGUUGAUGUGCGAACUGAAUGCACUUCCACUGGCGCUGCAGAUUACGCAAAUCGCCGGCAAUCUGAUGAACCGCACGUUGCACGGUGGACGGGCGGAGCGGAACGAGUUUUUGCUGCUGCACGCAUUCCACGAGAAGGACUACAUCCUGCCGGACAAGAUCCCCUUUCAACCGGCGGCGCGUAAGGGCCAAACUGGGCAAACGGAGACCGAGGCGGAAAAGCGCAAACCGAAAAACAAAGCAGCCUACGCCGGCGGGUUGGUGUUGGAUCCGAUCAAGGGUUUCUACGAUAAGUUUGUGCUGCUGAUGGACUUUAACUCGCUUUACCCAAGCAUCAUUCAGGAGUAUAACAUUUGUUUCACGACCGUCCUUCCGCCGGCCGUCGGUGCGGAGGAAGGAGCCGAUGGUGCUGAUGGAGAGGCACUGGAACCGACCAUUCUCGCCACGAAUGAAAUCGGUAUCCUGCCGCGUCAGAUUCGCAAGCUGGUGGAAAGUCGUCGGGCCGUGAAGCAGCUGAUGAAAGGGUCGGAUCUCACGCCGGAGCUGGCCAUGCAGUACAACAUCCGCCAGAUGGCACUGAAGCUGACCGCAAACUCGCUGUACGGAUGCCUUGGAUACACGCGGUCGCGUUUCUACGCGCAACAUCUGGCCUCGCUGAUCACGCAGAAGGGCCGCGAGAUUCUGCUGAACACGAAGUCGAUCGUCGAGCGGAUGAACUAUCAGGUGAUUUACGGCGACACGGACAGUAUCAUGAUCAACACGAACAUCACCGACUACGAGCAGGUGUUCCGCAUCGGAGCAAACAUCAAGCAGCACGUUAACAAAACCUACCGCUGUCUGGAGCUGGACGUGGACGGUAUCUACAAGUAUCUGCUGCUGCUGAAGAAGAAAAAGUACGCCGCCGUGUCGAUCAGCAAGAAGGGCGAUGAGUACACAUGCACCCAAGAGCUAAAGGGGUUGGACAUAGUGCGGCGCGAUUGGUCGCGUAUUGCCGUGCUCGCCGGAAACAUGAUUCUCAGCCAGAUCCUUUCCGAUGCCCCGAUGGACGAGCGAAUCGAGAACAUUCACCUGCGGUUGGAAAAGCUGAAGGACGAUCUUCAGGCUGGAACACUGUCGCUGCAGCUGCUAGAAAUUACCAAACAACUUACCCGCCCUCUGGCCGAGUAUGCGGACGCGGCGCAACAGCCGCACGUCCAGGUGGCGAUGCGCAUGAACAAGCAGCGCAAUCGUAACUUUAAGCGGGGCGAUAUGGUGAACUACAUCAUUUGUCAGGACGGAACAUCGUCGCCCGCCAUGAAACGGGCCUAUCACAUCGACGAGGUGCGCGAUCCGGCCAACAAGGAAAAGCUGACGGUGGACGUGGAGUACUAUCUGGCCCAGCAGAUUCACCCGGUGGUGUUCCGCAUCUGCGAGCCGCUCGAAGGAACCGACGCGUGCCGUUUGGCGAUUUGUCUCGGGCUCGAUCCGAAGAAGUAUCGCACGAUGGUGAGUGGCGGCGGUGGCGGGGAUCACCAAGAGCAUGGUGGCGGGGAACACGGAGAGAGUCUCAUCAAGACGGCCACCGAGCGAUAUCGGUUGUGCCAUCGAUUUGAGUUUACGUGUGUGGGAUGUCGGGCUAAAAAUCCUGUCGCCAGCGGAUUCCGCCCGUCGGCCGGUGGACGCCAUCGGUCGGUGUUUGAGCGGUGUGCGAACGAGGAGGGUGGCUGUGCCGUGCUGCCGGUGCAGUAUCUCCCGUCGAUCGUGAAUGAGCUAACGCUGGCCAUACGCGGCGACAUCAAGCGGUUCUACCAGCGAUGGAUGGUUUGCGAUAAUCCGAUCUGCAAUCGCAACACCCGGCUCUAUUCGCACGUCGCAACCAGGAACAACCCGUUCUGUCUGCACUGCCAGAAGGGACUGCUUGUGCUGCAGUACUCCGAGACGGACUUGUACAAGCAGCUAUGCUACUACAACUACAUGUUCGACCUGGAGCAGUACAGUGCGAAAUUUACGAAAGCACUCGCGCCAGAUAUACGCAACGUGUACGCCCGGCUAAAGGAAACCGUUGAGCGGUUCCAACAGCGUUCCAAGUACGGUGUUGUCAAUCUAUCGACGCUGUACAUGGACUAUGCCAUACCGGCUCCAAAAUUGAUGGCCGGUACUGGGCCCGCCAAGUUGCUCUACCCGAUACGGGAUUUCACCACCCAUCUGGCGAAACGCUUGGAAACCGGCGAGCGAGACGGUGCCCGGAAGGGUGAAGCGAUGGAUCGAAAGACUUCACUGUUGACGGAAAAGUUUAUCCAGUGGAAACUUUAUCUCGAGUAAGCGCAGUUUGUCGCAGUGUUGCCUUUAACGCUAGGAAAAAAAGUACUAUUAAUAAUUUAGUUGAAGAUAACCUUUAAGCUGGAUUUGAACAUUGCAGGAGUACAACAUAUUUCAUAAACGAUAAUAUAUUUCUAGAAAAUAAACCAAUGGGGCAAUGCAUGUUUUCUAAAUUUGAGAAAAUACAUUCGAAUUCGAUUGAUUGAAGUCGUGUAGCGUGGAGGAUUGACUAUUUAAACCUUUUCAUCGUGUUUUAAAUACUAUACCGUUGAACGGUA